CCACUCCUUCCUGAGGCGUUACUACUCGUGAUAUUACGGGAUCCUCCGGAGCCCUGUCCUUCCUGUGGCGCCGCUACACCUGAUAUUACGGGCGCCCGUCGCGUCUUUACCCCCCUCCGCCGAGCGGGGCCCUCACCUCUGCCCGUCACUCAGCGGAGGGGCCGCCCCCGGCGGAGACUCCGCACCGAGAUGGCGGCCGAGAUCCACGCCAGGCCGCAGAGCAGCCGGCCCGUCCUGCUCAGCAAGGUCGAGGGGCACCAGGACGCGGUGAGCGCCGCCCUCCUCAUCCCCAAGGAGGACGGGCUCAUCACCGCCAGCGAGGACAGAACAAUUCGAGUAUGGCUGAAAAGGGACAGUGGCCAGUACUGGCCCAGCAUUUACCACACAAUGUCAUCUCCUUGUUCAGCUAUGGCUUAUCAUCAUGACAGCAGAAGAAUAUUUGUAGGCCAGGAUAAUGGUGCCAUUAUGGAAUUCCAUAUCUCAGAAGACUUUAAUAAGAUGAACUUUGUCAAGACGUACCCAGCUCAUCAAAAUCGGGUGUCGGCUGUCAUUUUCUGCCUGGGAGCAGAGUGGGUUAUCAGUACUGGCCAUGACAAGUGUGUCAGCUGGAUGUGCACCAGGAGUGGGAAUAUGCUGGGAAGACAUUACUUCACCUCUUGGGCUUCAUGUUUACAAUAUGACAUUGAAACCCAGCAUGCCUUCGUUGGGGACUACUCUGGACAGAUCACGCUACUGAAACUUGAACAGAACAAAUGCACGGUUAUCACAACGCUCAAAGGGCAUGAAGGAAGUGUUGCUUCCCUGUGGUGGGAUCCUGUUCAACGGCUACUCUUCUCUGGAGCAUCUGAUCACAGCAUUAUUCUGUGGGAUAUUGGUGGAAGGAAAGGCCGAACAUUGCUGCUUCAGGGCCAUCAUGACAAGGUGCAGGCCAUUUGUUACAUUCAGCUGACGCGGCAACUGGUCUCAUGUUCAGCUGAUGGAGGAAUUGCCGUUUGGAAUAUGGAUAUCAGCAGAGAAGAGGCUCCUCAGUGGUUAGAAAGUGAUUCUUGUCAGAAAUGUGAACAGCCUUUCUUCUGGAAUAUAAAGCAGAUGUGGGACACAAAGACACUAGGGUUGAGACAGCAUCACUGCAGGAAAUGUGGUCAAGCAGUGUGUGGCAAGUGCAGCACUAAGCGGUCCAGCUACCCAAUCAUGGGCUUUGAGUUCCAGGUCCGUGUCUGUGACUCUUGCUUUGAGUCCAUCAAAGAUGAAGAUCGUACUUCCCUGGCAACUUUUCAUGAAGGAAAACACAACAUUUCCCACAUGUCUAUGGACAUUUCUAGGGGACUAAUGGUGACCUGUGGGAGUGAUCGGAUUGUGAAGAUAUGGGACAUGACGCCAGUAGUUGGUUGCAGCCUUGCAACCGGCUUCUCCUCACGCUGACCUAGGACCUGACAGGUUCAUGCACCUUAUGUACAGCAACAUGCACCGAAUGAAUGAAAUCCCUCCUAGGAAUAUCGUCACAAAAGCACUGAUUGCUGGAUCCUUUUUCUCUUGCUCUUCCAGGAUGGACAGUCGCCUUAAUAGAGCAAAGCUCUUCUAUAGGCUUCAACGGGAAUCACCUUGAUGCAGAAAUGCAAUUUCCCAGCCUGUUGAUGUAACAUAAAAUGGCUUACCUGCAACAUGACACUGCGAUAAAAGGAUCUGUCAUAACUUGGUUUACAUGUAGUGUUAACAAUGUGCUUUCUCUGCUGAAAUAUCUUGUACAGUAGCUAAAGGAUUAUCAGUAAAAUGAGUUUAGUUUUUUCAAAUUUGUGCAAAUAGUAAAUACUUACUGUCCCUUCCAGUAAGCAGUACCCCAUUGAACUCUGCCUGGAUGCAGCUGUUUAGGCUGCCUCCAAAAGGAGUAUUGGUUAUAACUUUGGAAGAAGGAAAGACUUAUUUUUUUAAGCAAUGUUUGAAUUAAGGGGCAGGUGUUCCCUCUGUCUUGAAGUGGCAGUAAGAGUAAAUGCUUGACAUAAGAGAUCCUGAUCUACUGGCUUUCUUGGAGUGUCGUCUGCAAGUUCAGUUAUUGGUAAAACUACUUUAAAAUGAUCUGUUCUGUUCAAAUAGCUUUCAAGUGUCUGUAAAUAAUCCCAGGCUUUUAGACAUGCUGAAGCUAUAUUUAUUCCCUCUUCUUGGCUAACAUAUAACUAGUGGACUUUUGUAGCUGUUAUUUAGUAGAUAAGCUGCACAUUCUCAGUAGUGAAGGCAGCCCACGAUAUGUCACAAAUCACACAUGCUCAUAUAGUAUGUUUACAGUGCUGUUAAAAUGGGGGGCUCUGCAAGCCUGUUGUCUUAGCUAUGAUCGCUAAAAUAAAAAGCCCCUCCUACAUAACUUAAAUGAACUAAAUUUUUAUGCGGAAAAGCUUAGUUCCCCAUUUAUCAUGAAGAAACUAUAUAUAGCUAUAGCAUUAACUUAAUUACCACCUUGUCUUUGUUUUGAAGAAAAAUUAAUGUUAAACAUUUCUAAAAUUCUCUUCUGAAGCAAUAACUACGAAGUUACAGAAUAUUUCUUGGGAAUAGUUGGCCUGAGUGCAGAUGAGGGCUGUUAAUCUUAAAUGCUAUGUGCAGUGGUGGUCCUUGCCGUUAUAAGCUGAGUGAGGAGGUCUGACGUUUUCGUAGAUUGCACGAUUCCAGCUGGUAUUUACAGUGACCUUUUAGGGAAAUAUUGCCAUGUACAUUGGUCUGUCAAGUGCAUGAAUUACCUACGUUCCAUAAAUAUUAGGAUAUAUGUAAUGCCAUAAGGUUGUCAUACAAGAGCUUAUUAAACAGUUUGAAAAUGAAAUUCAUUUAACUUUAUAGUGAUAUGCCAUGGAGUCGCAAAGGAGAUGGGAGUUCAUUGGAUUUUCAUAAAAACUGAUUAUAGUGUAUUAUGUAGUGAGGGAAGAAGUAUGUGCAGGUCAGCUCUUUUUGCUGCCAUUGGAGGUGAUAUGUUCAUUCUUGCAGAAAAAUUGAUGAGGUAUUGGAAAGAACUGCAAUGUUAGCCUUGCAGCAACAACCAAGUGGUGCUGUUGACACUGCUGAAUUAAAAUCAUUGUCCUAAACUUUUGAUAUGCAUUUAUAGCCCGCUAUAGCUAGUGUAUGCUAAUAUCAUGGGAUAGUAAUGCAUCAUGAUCUUACUCAGUUUGCAUUUCAAAAACAAUAAGAUGGUAGAUUUCCAUGCCACUAAAUACCAUCUCUGGUAUAUUCUGGAUUCACAUAUUUUUGGAACUGGCUUUGACUAACCACUUUAUGGGCCCUCUCCAGAAAUAUUUUGCUAAAGGAUUUUUUUUUUUUAGCUUACUAAUUCUUCACACUUCUCAUAGCUUCCUUCAGAAACUGGCGUCACGCUAGUGUUUGAUUGUAUUAUCCUCUCAAAUUUGAAAUCUGAAUGAGUAAAUGCUAAUUUAGAGCUUUUGGCAAGUCUGUAUUAGAAAAAGAAAUACAUUUGUUCAGUGAUCUGAAACUAUUGAAAAGAAUAUGUUGAAUGUUUUACAUUUGAUGAGUUACAUUGAUUAGUUCCGUGCUACACGAUGGAAGGUUUUAGCGUGAAAACAGAAGUCUUUCCAAAACUAUCAUAUGAAAUAUCAUUUGUGCCAGAAAGGACCUGAAGUUAGGUAAUGAGCUCAUGUAAAUCAGGGAUGAAACUGACAUUUAGGGGAGAGGAAUGAAAACACGGAAGAGAAAAUGAGAAUUUCGCCCCCUCCCCCCAAACUCUUUUUUGUUCCAAUCGCUUGGUUUAAUAGUAAAGAUUAACAGUAAGAGAUCUCUGAAAACAUUCUUCUCCGUGGUUCUCUCUACCCAAAAAAAAUCAAGAUGGGUUAUAUUUACAAUCCUUUUAAUCAAUACCUUACUUAGAUUACAUUGCAGCAAAAGUAAAACUUGGGGAGGUUUGGAGCCACAUUGUAAGUUAUAUGCCUCAAAGAUUUGGGGGUGAGGACGCACACCACCUAUUAACAUGAACAGGAGCUAUGGACCUGCCUUGGGAAAUUAAACUAUGUAGAUUUGAUAAUGAAUUGUAUGAUUAAAUGCUAGUUGAUUUAAUUUCAUUCUGUCCCCUAUGUCAGUCUGUGCUACUGGGAUAACCCCUUUCCAGCAAAUAAAGAGCUAGCACCCACUAGCAUCAACUUCUUUGGAUGUUCUCUUGCAAAACAAAUUGCCAAUUUGGCUAUCUAGCACCUCUCCCAUAUUUAGCAUUUAACUUUUCCCUUCCCUGUGAAUAAUUCUCCCAUCCGUGGCAAUCACAUUAAGGUUUUACCACUAGAUAAUCUAUAAUCUGCUACAUAGCUUUUAAAUUUAACAAAUAUAUUUUCUAUAACAAAUAUGACAUUAAUGUAGUUAUAGCAUCACUUAGAUAUAACAAGGUGAUUAUGGCUGGCAAAACAUCAGUUGGUCACAAAAAUAAACCUUGAGAUUUAACAAACCAGUCAUGCACUGAAGGAUAUAUUGCUUGUGUAAAAAAACCAAACAUAUUUUUGAAGAAACAUACUGUUUUGUGCAAUUUAAAAUACAAUAACUAUUCCAGUGAAUUCAAAUUUGCAAUUGUUUAGAAGACUUAUUUUGAAGCAUUACCAAUUUCUUUUGUAUGGCCUUCUUUCAUUGGAGGAGCAAAGGGCACCAUUAAUAUAUUUUAAGUCGUUCCAGCUGUGUUUCUACAAAGUACUGUAUCCCACGUAGUUUAGAGAUGCUAGAUUAAUCUUGCUCCUGCUUCUGAUUUUUAACUUUGAAUACACGUAUAAUAAAAUUUCUUGAUAGUCACUUAA